UUUUGGAAAGGUGCCAAAUUCUGGCCCCCCUCGACACUCUCGCCGAUUUUUCCGAAUUAAAUUUGAAACACUCGCUCGAUCGUUCUGUUAUAGUGUCUCGCUUACGUAAGUGUUCUCUUGCGGUCAGUUGUUUUUUCUUUUUUGGAGUCUUAUAAGCAGUAGAAAAUGAUUUCGCCGGGAGAAAUCGAAGAUCCACAAAUAACCAGCGAGCAAUUGCUCUCCCUAAAGUCGGACAUCCGGAUCGUGAACAUGCUGGAAGAGUUGGCGCACAAACACUGUCCCUCGCAGUAUCGGGACAUCGAGGGCGGCGGAAAAAUCGCGAAAAAUAAGGAAAAGGCCCUGGGGUUCCGGGAGGACGGUAGGAAAAUGCUGAGACAGAAGAACCACUUUAAGGCCCUGUUGGCUUUCACACAGUGUAUAGCCAACGCGGAAGACAAGUCGGAACUUUUGGGUUUGGGAUACGGCGGCAGGGCCGAGGUGCUCUUUGAAAAGGGAUAUUUUCGCGAGUGUUUACAGGACAUCGAUCGAGCCCUCCAAAACAACUAUCCCAAAGACCUCGUAGAAAAACUACUGGAAAAACAAACUGAAGCCCAAUCGAACCAGUCGAGUCAACCGUUAAAAAAGUACCACGAAGAGACGCCGUCGCUGUCCCACCCGAACGCGAAAAUCCCCUCGGCGUCGGACAGCGUCGAAAUCCAAAACGACGGCUACGGAGGGCGUCAGGUUGUAGCAACGAAACCCAUAGAAGCCGGCGAAAUUGUGGUCGUAGAACGUCCGUAUACGGUAGCCGUAGGUACUAAACCCUCUCAAAGGUACCUGCAUUGCCACGAAUGCUUGGAACGUUGCUACAACUUGAUCCCCUGUCCGAACUGUAGGACGGCGCUGUACUGUAGCGAAAAAUGCCGCGAUACAGCCAAAGAAUGGUAUCACAGUUACGAAUGCGAUCUGUGCCAAUUCGAUUUCAACGAGCUGCUGAACGUUAAAACUGUUUUAAAAGGAUUGAGGGAGUUGACCGGUGUAGGUGCUAACGGACAUCAACAGUUUGAUGGGACAGUUUAUAAAUCGGACAGAUAUGAAGAAAUCCAAGUGCUUCAGACCAACAAAGAAAAACGAUCAGUACGCGACUUAUUCGAGGCAGCGAACGAGGCGUGCAUAAUUCACCACUUUUUGGCGAAAUACUCCGAUUUCUUUGCGAAAUCGCACGUCACCGAGGAGCGCCUCAAGGAGCUCCUCUUCCAUCACUAUUUCAAUACCACUUUGAAUAAAAUAAGCGUGGAAAAAACGAAAAAGAAUUCAAUAGACACGGAAUUCCACGAAGUCGGCGAGGGCGUUUAUGCUUUUGCCAGUUUGUUAAACCACCAUUGUUACGGUAACGUUACGACGACGUUUUACGGGGCGACUUUAGUACUGAGGGCCGCCAAAAACAUCAAAACCGGAGAACCUCUUUAUUUAACUUAUAAAAAUUACAACUUUGCUGAAUACCCUAAACUGGUCAGAUCCCACCAGCUGUUUAAAUAUUACCAGUUCACGUGUAGCUGCGAGGCUUGCGAGAACAAUUGGCCCAUCUUCGACUGUCUUAACCCGGGGGACAUUGAGAAGUACCAACAACUGGCCGAACAGAUUAAGGCCACUUUGAAGGAUCCUAAUGGGGAUAUCGACGGUUUACUACUGCUGGUUACCAAUCAAGUUAAGAAGUUUUCGAACGCGGAACCCACGAAAGUCGAUGUCAACGUUAAGCGGAUAUUUUGUGAUUUGCUUAAGUUUUAUGGCAAUAAAAUAUCUGAUUUUUAGUAUA